UCUAGGUCCGUUUCUUUUAAGCGUUCCUACACAUAACUCAUUGCUUAUGUUACCAUAUGAAGAAGAAAAAUGAAAAUUCUGGGUUUGGUCUUCUUGCUGUUUAAUUUGUUUGUGUUUUCAUUUUCUCGGAAACUUUUAACCGAGAGUGGUCUUCACGACGAAGCUGUUCUUUUGAAGCUGAAGAGUAGUUUCUUCGAUCCAAAUGGAGUUCUGUCUAGCUGGGUUUCCGACAGCUCAUCAAACCAUUGUUCUUGGUACGGUGUCUCUUGCAACUCUGAUUUAAGAGUCGUCUCUUUGAUUCUCAGAGGUUGUGAUGAGCUUGAAGGUAGUGGUGUUCUUCAUUUCCCAGAUUUGUCUUCUUGUUCUUCAAGUAGAAGAAGACUUGGUGGUGUAAUCUCUCCUGUUGUUGGAGAUUUGUCUGAAAUUAGGGUUUUGUCUCUGUCUUUUAAUGAUCUGAGAGGUGAAAUUCCAAAGGAGAUUUGGGGGUUGGAGAAAUUAGAGAUUCUUGAUCUUAAAGGUAACAGCUUUAUGGGUGGAAUUAGGGUUCUUGAUGGUUUUUCAAGCAAUGUUGUUCUUAGGAAACUUAUGAGUUUUGAGAAUGGAGAUGAAAUUGGUCCAAGCUCAGCUGAUGAUUCUCCUGGUAAACCUGGAUUGUAUCCGAUUGAGAUUGCUUCAAUUGUGUCGGCUUCAGUGAUUGUCUUUGUGCUUCUUGUUCUGGUGCUCUUGUUCCUCUACUCGAAGAAAUGGAAACAAAACUCUCAGAUUCAGGUAGAUGAAAUCAAGGAGAUUAAAGUGUUUGUUGACAUUGGUAUUCCUCUGACGUAUGAGAUCAUUGUUAGAGCUACUGGUUACUUUAGUAACUCUAACUGUAUCGGUCAUGGCGGUUUUGGUUCGACUUAUAAAGCAGAGGUGUCUCCAACGAAUGUGUUUGCUGUUAAAAGACUCUCUGUUGGGAGGUUUCAAGGGGAUCAACAGUUUCAUGCUGAGAUCUCUGCUCUUGAGGUGGUUAGGCAUCCGAAUCUUGUUAUGUUGAUCGGUUACCACGCGAGUGAAACUGAGAUGUUUCUUAUCUACAACUACUUAUCCGGGGGAAACCUUCAAGAUUUCAUUAAAGAAAGAUCGAAAGCUGCUAUUGAGUGGAAAGUUCUUCACAAGAUUGCUCUUGAUGUUGCGCGUGCUCUCGCCUAUCUUCACGAACAGUGUUCCCCGAAAGUCUUGCAUAGAGACAUCAAACCGAGUAACAUACUCUUGGACAACAACUACAACGCAUAUCUAUCUGAUUUCGGACUCUCGAAACUCUUGGGAACUUCGCAGUCUCAUGUCACAACAGGUGUGGCUGGAACAUUUGGCUAUGUUGCUCCAGAAUACGCAAUGACAUGCCGUGUCUCGGAGAAAGCAGAUGUUUACAGCUACGGCAUAGUUCUCUUGGAGCUGAUAUCGGACAAGCGAGCUCUAGAUCCAUCUUUCUCUUCGCAUGAGAACGGGUUUAACAUCGUGUCCUGGGCACAUAUGAUGUUGAGUCAAGGCAAAGCCAAAGAAGUCUUCACCAGAGGACUAUGGGAGACUGGUCCACCAGACGAUUUGGUCGAGGUUCUGCAUUUGGCUCUCAAAUGCACCGUCGAUAGCCUCUCGAUAAGGCCGACAAUGAAACAAGCUGUAAGACUGCUGAAACGAAUCCAGCCUUCUAGAUUGUGAUACAAAGCUAGAAGAAAGUGUGUGUUUAGAGGAUUUGUACAGCAGCAAACAAGUGCCUAGCCAUUAGAAUCUUUUUCAAGUCUGUUUUUAAAAUUUUCAGUGUAGGGAGGUUUUUCAUCUGUAUUACUCUUAUUCACCAUAUGCAUCAAUCAUCAAAAUGUUAUUCUCAUUCUACUCUCUUGUAACUGAUAUAAAUGAUGUUUCUUUCU